UCCAAAGAACUCGAGCAGAACCCAGAGGCUGAACCGGGUCCAAACUGGAUGUCCGACUCCCUCAUGAUGUUCUGCUGCAGUCUGGGUCAUGGGACAGGAAGUGAUGUCAUCAUACCACAGAAACUCGAGUCCUGGUGACCGUCCUGAAGCUGGAUGGAAUCUCAGCAGAACCUUGGACCAGAACCAGAACCAGAUUCUACUGAGAUCCUCACACUGAUUUCAAUCUGAUCCAGUUGGUUCUGAUUUGGUCUAUUGGACCUGAUGAGGCCCAGUUCUCUGCUCCAGAACCAGCUGGUGGUUCUCUUUGGACACAGCUUCCUGGACAGAACCAGACAGAUCAAAACGGGUUGGACCAGAACCACAGGAACGGGUCGGACUCCCUCCAACAGGAAGUCCAGAUUGGGAAUCAUGACUUGGCAAAACAAAGCCAAGCAGCCGGUCCAAAAGGUUCUGGUUCUGAGUCAACAGCUGGGCCCACAGGGACCACCCGGUCCUGACCUCUGACCAGAACCAGCACUGGGAACCGGAUCACAAUGACGGUGGACCAGCAGCUGGUUGGAAGCAUUUACUACAGUUAAACAAAGGUCACGACCCCAAGGAAGAACUUCCUGUUUGGUUUACUAGACUCAAUCUGGCUAACUGGACUGGAUUCAGGAACAGAACCAGAACCCAACCAGAGCUCCUGAUGAACCAGCAAGUACUGAGGUUCUGCUGCUGGUUCUGGUCCUACUGGACCUCUCUGGGUCGGGAGGUUCUGGUUCGGUUUCAGGUGUUGAAAUGUUUGUUUCCUGUCUGAGUCAUUCAGUCUGACUCACCUGUGGAUGCAAUGUUUCCAUGACGCCUUCAGGGCCUUCUGGUAAACUCACCUGUUCCAUGACGCCUUCAGGGCCCUCAGGUAAACUCACCUGUUCUAUGACACCUUCAGGGCCCUCAGGUAAACUCACCUGUUCCAUGACGCCUUCAGGGCCUCCAGAUGUUUGAUCGGGGCAGACAGUGUGAGCUUUGAGCUAAUGUUAGCAACUGUAAAUAUAAAACUAUUAAUUUCUACGUUAUUCUGCUCUGUCUGAUAUUCACUGUAUAUUUUAGAUAUUCAUAAUUAUUAAUUCUAAGAAUUUAUAUUCGGAUUAUUAUUGAUUGAUAAUCAGGGUUUUUCUGUUAAUGUGGAUGAGAAUUAAAAUAAAUACAUUUAACUUCACUAAAGUAAACUGGUCAGGUCUGACUUCAGCUAAUCUAAUCUAAACUAUGCUUAACUAAAAUGAAAUAAAAUAAACCGCAUUUAACUAAACUCAAACCAACCAGCUGAGAAUCAAACAGACGCUUUUAUUAUUAAAUGCAGCCUUUUAUUUUGAAAAACGGAAACUGCGUCACCAUCCGGCAGCUUCCGCAGUCUCAACUCCAGUUGGUCAGCUGACCGUCGGUCGGUCUGCUGACUGUCAAACAACCGAAACCAACUGUGAGCCGGGACUCGGAACCGUUUGGACCACCGGAUACGCAGCCUGAGAGUCCCGCCUGGUGGAGCUCCAAACCCCGCACUGGUUCCUGUCCCUGUACCCGGCAGGAGGCCCGAUCUCCGGCCUGAACACACCCGCCUCUUCCCUCCGCUGUGAGGCCGGUCAGCUGGUCGCCGUCCGACCGGAGCCAGAGCGACCCGAGGCGGCCUGCCAGCCCCGCGUCGCCCCGGACCCCGGAGCAGCAUGGCCCCGCUGGAUGUGGCCCUGCAGGGCUUCUCGGUGUUCGGCCUGGUUCUGUUCGCGGUUCUGUGGCUCAUGCACUUCAUGUCCAUCAUCUAUGUGCGUCUCCACCUCCAUAGGAAGAGGUCAGAGGUCAAGCAGCCGUUUGCUCAGGUCCUGGGCGUUUCUCUGCUGAAGCCGCUGAAGGGCGUCGACCCCAACCUGAUCUCCAACCUGGAGACCUUCUUCACCCUGGACUACCCCAAGUACGAGAUCCUGCUGUGUGUCCAGGACCAGGACGACCCGGCUGUGGACGUCUGCAAGAAGCUGCUGGGAAAGUAUCCCAACGUGGACGCCGGACUGUUCAUCGGUGGGAAGAAGGUCGGGAUCAACCCCAAGAUCAACAACCUGAUGCCCGGAUACGAAGCAGCCAAGUACGGACUGGUGUGGAUCUGUGACAGCGGCAUCCGAGUGAAACCCGACACUCUGACCGACCUGACCAAUCAGAUGACGGAGAAGGUGGGUCUGGUCCACGGGCUGCCGUACGUCGCCGACCGUCAAGGCUUCGCCGCGACGCUGGAGCAGGUGUACUUCGGGACGUCUCACCCCCGCUCCUACAUCUCGGCCAACGUGACAGGGAUCAAGUGCGUGACGGGAAUGUCGUGUCUGAUGCGGAAGGAUGUUCUGGACCAGGCGGGGGGGCUGGUGGCCUUCGCCCAGUACAUCGCCGAGGAUUACUUCAUGGCCAAGGCCAUCGCCGACAGAGGAUGGAAGUUCUCCAUGGCGACGCAGGUGGCGCUGCAGAACUCUGGCUCCUACUCCAUUGGUCAGUUCCAGUCCCGCAUGAUCAGGUGGACCAAGCUGCGCAUCAACAUGGUUCCUGCCACCGUCCUAGAGCCCGUCUCUGAGUGCUUCCUGGCCAGCCUCAUCAUCGGCUGGGCUGCACAUCACGUCUUCAGGUGGGACAUGAUGGUCUUCUUCAUGUGUCACUGCCUCGCCUGGUUCAUCGCCGACUACAUCCAGCUGACGGGAGUCCAGGGCGGCGCCCUGAGCUUCUCCAAGCUGGACUUCGCCGUGGCGUGGUUCAUCAGGGAGUCCAUGUCGGUGCAGAUCUUCCUGUCGGCACUAUGGGACCCCACCAUCAGCUGGAGAACGGGUCGGUACCGGCUCCGCUGCGGCGGCACCGCCGAGGAGAUCCUGGAUGUGUAG